CUGAAUUGAUUAAAUAUAAAAAAGAGGAAGAUUCAUAUAAUAUGGAUUCUUUUAAUAAAUUUAAAAAUAAUUUGGUAGAUUUUUUGGAAUCAAUAAGUGGUAUAGGUUCUGAAUUAGCUUCUAUACCAAUUUGUUCUGAUAAUAAAAUUGAUGAAACUGAAAAAUAUAAAUUAGAUAAUAAAGAAAUGUACAUACAAAAUAGUGAUUUUAAUUUAGAAGGUUGUGAAAUACAUCCAACUGAUGAUAAAACAGCUAAAUGGAUUUUAAAUUCUUUAUUUGAAUGUUUUUUAGAAUCACCUUCAUUUUUAGCAAGAGUUCGUCGCGACAUAAAAACUCGCGAAACAGUCGCAGCCACUGAAUUAAUUCGACAAGCUUAUCGUUAUAUCACACGUAACGAACAAAUUCAUUCAAGAGUUAGACAACAAGCUCAACUAAUGCUAAACGCUUUACCUCGUGAAACACGUCCUACAACUAUCAGAAAUCGUUGUACUGAAACUGGUCGAGCUCGAGGUGUCUUUAGAGAUUCAAGACUUUGUCGAUAUCAAUUUAGAUUAAAAGCUUUGAAUGGAGAGAUACCUGGAGUUAAAAAGGCUGUUUGGUGA